AUGGAUUAUAAGCCACCAACAAAAACAUUAGUGGACCCAGAAUCUAAACUUCUGUACAACAACGAUUCUUCCACAAAGUACGAUACUCAGGUGUUGUAUGAAAAUGAGGGAACACACCAAAAAAGGUAUGGAACUAACAUGUUACAUUUAUGCGGAAAAGGGCUAAAACAAAAUCUUAUUCUGGUUCUGUUGCUGCUGUCGGUGGUGUUUGGGUGUGCAAUCGGAUUUGGGAUAAGAGCAACAGGGAAAUUAACAAAAAGAGAAAUUAUGUAUUUGCAAUUUCCCGGAGAAAUGCUGAUGCGCAUGCUCAAGAUGCUCAUACUGCCAUUGGUCAUUGCAAGUUUAAUUGGCGGGAUCGCGGGACUUGACGCUAAAACAUGUGGCAAAAUGGGGUUGAGAACAAUGGCGUAUUUUGGCACGACUACACUGUUGGCUGUUAUCCUGGGUAUCAUCAUGGCCGUCUCAAUCCGACCCGGGGCUAAUGGCGAUGACACAGAAAUCCCAAGAUACGGGGAGUCAAAAAAGCUGAACUCCGUGGAUACCUUUCUGGAUCUUAUCAGGAAUAUGUUUCCUGAUAACUUGAUUGUUGCCUGUUACACGGCGUACAAGACCGAUCUUAAGGAAACAAAAACAGUAGAAAAUGUUUCCAUUGCUCUGGAAAAUGUUACAUCUGACACAGAAAAUACAACCUUUGUCCUGAAAGAGUCUGUCUCAGUGGAACCUUCGAAAGGAGAGACAGGUCAAUCUAACAUCCUAGGACUGGUGGUGUUCUCUGUGUGUUUUGGAAUCGUCAUUGGCAGGAUGGGUGAGAAGGGAAAGCCACUGCUGAAUUUUUGCAACUGUGUCACAGAGUGUACAAUGAAGCUGUUUGUGGUCUUCAUCUGGUAUUCCCCUAUCGGAAUAACAUUUCUGAUCGCUGGUAAAAUUGUUGGAAUGGCGGACUUUGGAGUUCUGAUGACACGUGUCGGUCUGUAUUUCCUGACUGUUUUGUUUGGACUUCUGAUCCAUGGCGCCAUUAUUCUACCUCUCUUGUAUUUCAUCUUGACCAGACGUAAUCCAUAUGCAUUUUUACGUGGUAUUCUGGAAGCAAUGGCUACAGCUUUUGGGACUUCAAGCAGCUCAGCAACAAUGCCAGUCACUCUGCGUUGCCUGGAGAUGAAUAAUGGAAUCGACCAAAGGGUUGGAAGCUUUGUGGUUCCGGUGGGAGCUACCAUUAAUAUGGAUGGGACGGCUCUUUACGAAGCAGUAGCAGCUCUUUUCAUUGCACAAGUCAACGAUAUGGAUAUGUCAUUUGGGCAAAUAGUGACAAUCAGUAUAACAGCUACAGCAGCGUCCAUUGGCGCCGCAGGAGUGCCACAAGCCGGAUUGGUCACUAUGGUUAUUGUCCUUGCAGCUGUUGGUUUGCCAAUCGAUGACGUCACUUUGAUUCUUGUUGUUGAUUGGUUCUUGGAUCGAUUCCGUACGAUGACAAAUGUUGUCGGAGACAGUAUUGGAGCUGGUAUUGUUUACCAUUUAUCCAAGAACGAGUUAUCCGGACACAACGAGGACAAAGAAAACCUCAACCUUGUACGAGUUGAUAUCCCAAACGGCAAAGACGCCAUAACAGCGGUGUGA